AUCAGAAUGGGAUCACUUCAAGUUCAUGGCUCUAGAGAUAAAGCAGGAGUAUUCAACUGUCAGCACAAUGCUCAAAACCACGCCAACUGAAUGGCUUCUUUCAAAGCUGACAAGUUCAAAGUCCUACAGCUUCAUGUUUCCAAACCUUGUCUCGCUAGCAGAAUUGGCACAGAGCAUACCUCUCACCAAUGCCUGGCCCGAGAGAGGAGGCAGUGCAAUUAAACGUAUUAAAACAAGGCU